UCGUGGUGUGUGGGGUGGAAGAAAAUUGAAUCGAAUUUUGGGGCGAGGAUUGAUUCCGGUGCCAACGGCUUCGACGACCGUCGAUGAAUCCUCUACUGCCGCCAGGACCGGCGGAUCUGAAGGAGUUGACGUCGAGAUGCAUCGAUCGAAGCUACGACUCGUUGUACAAUCUCACCACGUCCCUGCCAAACACCGCGUCGGAAGAGCGCCGGGGCGUUGCUCUCAAACAACUCCAGGACACACACGCGGUAUUCAAGAAGCUACUGGUGCUCACGCGAUGGUCGGUGCAAAGCCCACUCGCUGACAAGUGUGCGGAACUGCUUCAAGAAGCACAGACGUUCCAAGACCAAGCGAACGAGACAAACGACCGGCUGUAUUUCCUCCACCGCGACCUCGACCGCGCCAAGGAACGGCAGUACGACUUGACCACCGCGAUCGAUGUGCUUUAUGGCGGCACGUAUACGAGGUUGCCUCGUGUCAUCAACUACGCGAUGCAUCCGCGCGAAUUCCCGCCGGUGGAUGAGGAAACGAGCAUUGCCGAGCUGGACGCGGUCCUUCGGUUUCGCCUCAUCGAAGAAACCAUUCCCGACAAGUUUACGCACAUCGACGUGCACGAAGGGUUCGUAACGGCCGGCACGUCCGGCGAGUUUGAGAUGGUGUUCACCGUGGACGGAACCAAACCGGAUAGUCUGUGGCUCGUCGCGAGUGUCCAAACUGUGCUCACCGACCCGGUCGCCCAGGCGACAUUCAAGCAUUUGGCGAGCACGUCGAGCCUGCGCAUCAUCCAAAGCAAUGCGCCCACGGACGUCCAUUACAUGCAGCUCAAGAUCCUCAUCCAGAAGCGGCUCAACCAGUCGGCCACGCCGCUCCUCGACGCGUGCAACAUCAUGAGCGACUUCUGCUGCAGCCUCGCGCUGCGCAUCCUCCAUGCGCAGGGCCAGCUCCUCGUCGACACGCGAUGGCCCCACGGCGUGUCCUUUCUCCACCAGGACCACCACGACACCGCCACACUGGACAUUGUGUACUGGACCGACGCGACCGCGCCAUACGUUGCCGCGUCGACGCCUGGAACAUUUUCGCUCGAAGAAAUGCGCAACCGGAUGCAUCCGGAUGCGUUGCGGUAUCCUGCCGCGGGCUGCUGCGUGCGGCUUCAACCCAACACAACCAAAGACAAGGCCACCGUGGGUCUGUUCUCUCUGCAGCUGUUUCCGGCGCCGCCGUCCAUGCUGCUCCAGCGGUACCCGGCGCUGGUCCCCGAAGCUCUGGCCGUGCCUACCAACUUGUAUGGCCUCAGCGCCGAUCACUUUCUAUUGGGUGCGAUGGACGUCCACGCGGCGUCGGCGCUGUUCUGCCUCGAACAGCAUCUGCUUGUUCAAACGAAUACAGACCAAGAAGAGGAUGAUGGCGCCGAGCUGCGGUGGCUCACGACGGGCGAACGUGUGCGCGUGACGCGGUCGUCCCCGAGGAACUUGCGGAUCGCGCGCGUCGACAGCUCGGGCCGCGCGCCGCUCGAGGUGUCGUGGGACAUGCGCACGGGUCGAUUUGGGGUGUUUUGCUUGGCCCAGGCUUCGUCCGUGGCGGCCGCGGUCGCGCACUUGGAAACGUUGCUGCACACUACCGUCAAAGUGCAGUUGCCGGGGGUGACAGUUGCCGGUGAGUUUGCUCUGGUGUUUGCCAGCAACGAUGACGUGGCGGCGGCGGUGGCGGCCGUGCUGCGUCUCGUGGUCGCGUUCGAGCUCGAGGCGUUUGCAUCGGGGUGCGCCAACCUGCCCGUGGUCCGCGUCCGCGACCGGCAUGCCGCCGCCGUCGACGCCGCGGGCGUGGCUUCCGACGCCGUGUUUGUCGAACUCGUCCGGGGAAAAGAUGCGACAGUGUAUUUGGUCGUGGAGCUAGACACCGUUGCCGACACGACACUCGACAAGGCGAGAAAACGGCGACGACGGUGUCGCAGACGGGACUCCGACGGGUUAUUUUCGCUAGGCCCGCCUGCGUUUUCAAUUUUGCACGUCGUGGACGAACCCCACCGACCGAGUGCAUCGUCGUCGUCGUCGGUUCGAUGCUUGGAACGCCUACCCACCCCCGGGUACGUUGGCACUAAGAAGCGAAAGCGCCGCGACGUGCCGUCGUUGUCGGCGCUGCUGCUUGACAUGGCCGCGGUGGGCCGCCAGCGCGCGCAGUGGCACCUCCUGGACGCAUUUGCGACAAAGUACAACGUACUGCUCACGACAAACUCGACAUUGUCCACCACCACCGACGAUGGGUCCGUCGAGCUGGCUUCUUCAACUCCAUCAUCAUCAUCAUUGUGGACCGUGUCAUGCCCGUUUCCAGACCGCCUUCACACGGCGCCGCACGUGGAUGUCCACCGGUUAGAAGCGCGAGUUUUUCCCGAUAGCUCGGUCGAAGUCACAGUGCACGUGGGGUCGUCUCCGUUUGCGUACAUUUCCCCCCAGGGGUCCUUGAGUGGAGGACGAGGAGGGGGUCGGGGGUCGUUUGUGGCGACUGCGCUACCCACCGGCGACUUGGUGUACCGUCGACGUUGGACAAACCAAAAGUUCCAGCUUCCGUUGAUGGACGUGGUUGUGGCCAACGUGAUGCUGCAUGUGAAACCGAUGGCCGAGCUGGGCCGCCGACUCGAACGCACGCUCUUGUCGUCGCUGAAUGCCGACGGAGUGGGGCAGAUUUACGCCGAGCGCGCCGACCCGUUCAAGUUUACGCUGGCGUGUCGCGGGUGGUUGCCUCGUUGUCAAUCAUCGUCAUCGCAGAGUUUGAUGAUCUGCGACGACGUGAUUAUGCGCGUCCAUGUCGAACACAAAGUGAUGCACCAGUAUCCCCGCGGGGCGUUUGUGCUGACGACCGCCCCCAGCCACGCGCUCUUGCCGUUUCUCCAAGACGCGCUCAACACCCACAAGUCCACGGCGCAACUGGUCGAAGUACUCGAACGCACCGCGGUGCCCCUCGUCAUGCUCUCUCGCGCAUUGACGGCGGCGUACCCGGCGGCGGUUGUACCGUCCAACUUUGUGCUCGUGCCUCGGUCCCAGACCCAUCUUCGUCUCACGUAUGCCGACCGGUGCGCCGUCGACGUGGUCUUCCUCGCGGAUCAAAAGAUCAACGUCCGCAGCGCACCGUCCAGCUUGGUGCCCGUGCCCAGCUGUGCCAUGGCUGGGGGACUACUUCUCGACCACGCGUCCUUCUACGACACGGUGCGCCGCUCCCUCGUCCCAGAAAUGGCGGCCUUGUGAGAAAUCCUAUAACUACUACUACUACUACUACUAC